CAGAACCUCAGACCAUCACACUACCAUUAGUAUGCUGAAAUUACUCAUCAGACGAACAGCUCAUAUCAACCAAGGCGCCCUUUCCCUGUCUAGAGGACAUAGAAGUCUUAGUACCAACUUUUCAGUGCCACUUAUCAUCAAUGGCCAGCAGGUACACACUUCCGAGUCUUUUCCAGUCACCAGCCCUUUGACCAAUAAAGAAAUAUGGUCCUUUUCCUGUGCCAAGGAUGAGCAUAUACAAAAGGCUGUCCAAAGUGCCCAUAAUGCUUUCAAAGAUUGGUCUAAAACGAAAGCUUCGAGCAGACGGGAUAUCUUCCUCAAGGCCGCCGAUAUAAUGGACCGGCGACGUGCCGAGCUGGGGGAAUAUAUGCAUCAUGAGAUCGGCGCCAAUAAGUUCUACCAAGACUUUAUCCUUGGACACACAAUUGAAGGGUUGCGGGAUACUGCUGGUGGGAUAGCUGGGGCUAUGACGGGUGCUGCUCCGGAAUCUAUCCACCAAGGUAUGCAAGCUAUGAUACACAAAAGACCGUAUGGAGUCGUGCUUGGAAUAGCGCCUUGGAAUGCGCCUUAUAACCUCGGCCUUCGAUCAGUCCUAUUUGCUCUAGCUACUGGCAAUACGACAAUUUUGAAAGGCUCAGAAUAUACACCUCGAUGUUACUGGGCAAUCUACGACGUCCUACGUGAGGCUGGUCUGCCUGAUGGGUGCUUAAACUUGCUAUUCCAUUCACCGGCUGAAGCGGCUAGCACCAUCGACAGCCUUGUUUCACACCCACUUGUCAAGAAGAUCAACUUUACUGGCAGUACUAGAGUCGGGAGGAUCAUCUCGGCCACUGCUGGGAAGCACUUGAAGCCCGUCUUGAUGGAGCUUGGUGGAAAGGCCAGUGCAAUCGUACUCAAGGACGCUGAUCUGGAACAAGCUGCUCGCCACUGCGUACAAGGAGCUUUCCUCAACGCUGGCCAAAUCUGCAUGUCCACGGAACGCAUUAUUGUUCACGAAUCUAUCGCGUCCGAAUUCCAGGACCUCCUUGGCCAUGUCAUUAGAAAGAACUUUGGCAUCGCACAUGAUACGCCUGCUGUGGUGACCUCAGCCUCGGCCAGUCGUAAUCGUGACCUUAUCUCAGAUGCCAUAUCCAAAGGAGCACAUCAGGUCAAGAUCUUUGGGGAUGAACAUGCCCAUGAGACGGAGACUAAGAUGAGACCUGUCGUCCUCGGUAACGUAAAGAAGAACAUGGACAUAUACUCACAAGAGUCAUUUGGCCCCAGUGUAUCCCUUUUCACAUUUCAGACGCACCGUGAAGCGCUAGAUUUAGCAAACGACACAGAAUACGGCUUGACUGCUUCGAUUUUCUCUAAGGAUUUGAAGGCAGCCUUUGAUCUAGCUGAUGAUUUGGAGUCAGGGGCAGUUCAUAUCAACUCUAUGACGGUGCAUGAUGAGUCUUCUCUCCCUCACGGGGGUGUAAAGGAUAGUGGAUUUGGUCGAUUCAAUGGCUCUCAAGGAUUGGACGAGUUUCUUUAUUAUAAGACAGUUACCUGGAUGGAGUGAUACUUAUAUAUUUGUACUCCAUAUUUGUAUAAGUCAGCAAUGAACCAGUUUUAAGCUUCA